CGACCAAUCGACGCACAGAACAUCGCCGGGUAGGAAGGUAGUUGGAGGACUCCUGGGCUCCGUCACCAGGGGACUCCGCCCCUCCCGAUUUCCUCCGGGCUGCAGGCGACAGAGCUGAGCCAAGCGUUUACUGGGCAUCUGUAGCGCUCAGAUUCCAAAUGAAAAUGUUUGAGAGCGCUGACUCUACAGCCACAAGAUCUGGCCAGGAUCUCUGGGCUGAAAUUUGUUCCUGUCUGCCAAAUCCUGACCAAGAAGAUGGUGCCAACAAUGCCUUCUCAGACUCCUUUGUGGAUUCUUGCCCUGAAGGUGAAGGCCAGAGGGAGGUGGCUGACUUUGCUGUCCAGCCAGCUGUAAAGCCUUGGGCUCCCUUGCAGGAUUCAGAAGUGUAUUUAGCAUCUCUAGAGAAGAAGCUAAGAAGAAUCAAAGGUUUAAAUCAGGAAGUGACUUCCAAGGACAUGCUUCGAACUCUGGCCCAAGCCAAGAAGGAAUGCUGGGAUCGGUUCCUCCAGGAGAAGUUAGCUUCAGAGUUCUUUGUGGAUGGACUUGAUUCUGAUGAGAGGUGACUACAAUUGCAAAGUAGACUUUGCUUUGACAUCUGAUGCCAGGACAAUAGUAUGUUACCAUCCUUCUGUAGACAUUCCAUAUGAAUGCACAAAACCUAUCCCUUGACCAGAUCCUGUGUAUAAUAAUGAAGAAACACAUGUUCAAGUGCUGAAAACUAGAGAAGAAAAAAGUGAACACCUUGAGCGAGAACCCAUAAUAGAACAACUUAGCAAAAUGUUCUUUAUACUAAGUAUGGUUGGCAUCUUCGUGGACAUUAGCACAGAUGUCAGAAGAAACUGGAUCCUCCAGAAGACAGAUGAUAUUGAGGUUCUUGGGGAAUUAAAGAGAAAUAUUACCCUCUGCCUCAUUUGCCAUUGGAGAAAGUGCAAUCUGGUGUAUGCACUAAUAAUAAUAAUAACAUGUCUUUUCAUAUUUAAAAAAGAAACCACAAAAUCUUUAGGAGGCUGAGGUGGGUGGAUUGCUUGAGUCAGGAGUUUGAGAGCAGCUUGAGCAACAUAGACCCCAUCUCUAAAAAAAUUAGCCAAGUGUGGUGAUGUGUGUCUGUGGUGCAACUACUUGGAAGGCUGAGGUAGGAGGAUUGCUUGAGCUCAGGAGGUUGAGGCUGCAGUGAGCAGUGAUCAUGCCUCUGCAUUCCAGCCUUGGUGACAGAGCAAGACCCUGUCUCAACAACAACAACAAAAAUCAAAAUCUAUGCAAAAUUUAAACCCAAUCUUGCGCUAGUCUUGUGGGAAUGAAGAUUAAUUUACCUAAAAAUGCUCCUCUGGUUUUUGUAAUUCUUUUUGUUACUUUUUAAAAAUAUAAAUUUGGCCAGGCACGGUGGCUCACGCCUGUAAUAUCAGCUACUAGGGAAGCUGAGGCAGGAGAAUUGCUUGAACCUGGGAGGCGGAGGUUGCAGUGAGCAGAGACCCGCCACUGCACUCCAGCCUGGGUGACAGGGUGAGACUCUGUCUCAAAAAAAAAAAAUAAACAAAUAAAUAAAUAAAUAUAAAUUUAAGGGGUACAGGUGAAGUUUUGUUACAUAGAUAUAUUACACAGUGGUGAAGUCUGGGCUUUUAGUGUAAUAAUCAUCUAAAUAAUGCACAUUGUACCUCCUGAUUUCCCAUCCUUCACCCACCUCCCACCCUCCUACCCUCCCAAGUCUCCAGUGUCUACUAUUCCACACUCUGUGUUCACGUGUACACAUUUAGCUCCACUUAUAAAUGAGAACAUGCCGUAAAAAAUAUGGAACACUUCACAAA